UGCGCGGAGUACACAGUAGAUAUCGAGGAGAAUUUGCGCCGCGGUAAUUGACAAAACUUUCUUGUCCUUUAUAGACACACAGAUCUGCUCUGUCCGUCGCUGCACUUUUCGCGCAUAAUCCAUAAGUAUUGAGCAGUCGACAAAGAAAAUGUGGAACAGGUGGCUGGCAGUUUUCGUGCUCGCAGUCUUCUUCGUUUUUAAAGGUUGGGCGAACGAAUGCGUGCCCCGUAGUUUCGGUGCCGAUCAAAUCGUGUGCGUUUGCAAUGCAACGUACUGCGACAGCACGCCGGACAACGUUCCGAAAGUUCCGGAAAAUGGCACCGUUUACUGGUACGUCUCGAGCAAAGGAGGACUCAGGAUGAACUUGGCGAAGCUGCAGGCAGCAGAUACCUGUCAAAACACCAGCUCCGGCACAGUCGUCGACAUAGACACCUCGAAGAGGUAUCAAAGGAUCUUCGGUUUCGGCGGUGCCUUCACCGACUCUGCGGGCAUGAAUAUUGCAAACCUCUCGGAGGCUACUCAGGAUCAACUGAUAAGGGCCUACUACCAUCCAGUGCAGGGUAGCAGAUAUUUGUUAGGCCGCGUACCGAUCGGCGGAACCGACUUCUCCACGAGACCUUACACCUACGACGACUCUCCCAACGACGUUUUGCUUCGAAAUUUCUCGCUUGCCCCGGAAGAUUACAACUACAAAAUUCCGUACAUAAGGAAAGCUCUCGAGUUAAAUCCCGAGGUAAAGUUGUUCAGCGCCGCAUGGUCUCCUCCGCCGUGGAUGAAGACCAACGACAAAAUCAACGGAUUUGGAUUCCUGCAGGAAAAAUAUUAUCAAACUUACGUCAACUACCUCUUGAAAUUUCUCGACGCGUACAAAAGCUUCAAUAUCAGCAUAUGGGCCAUUUCGACGGGUAACGAGCCGCUGAACGCCUUCAUACCACUGGACCCCCUUAACACGAUGGGAUGGACACCCAAAACCCUGGGUAAUUGGGUCGCUAAUAAUUUGGGUCCAAGUCUGGCCAACUCCGUACAUAAUGGUACGUUGAUCCUUGCUCUGGACGAUCAAAGGAUCGAAUUACCCUGGUCCAUACAACAACUCUUCCAAAACAAAAUCGCGGAGAUGUACACGGCUGGUAUAGCUGUACAUUGGUACACCGAUGACUUCAUUCCGUCAACGGUGUUGGAUCUAACGCACAACUCCUUCCCCAACAAAUUUAUCAUGUUGACAGAAGCCUGUACAGGUACCGGAAUCGAGUUUCCAAAGGUUGACUUGGGAUCGUGGAGUCGAGGACAAAGAUAUAUCUUGAGCAUAAUAGACUACCUUAAUCAUUGGGCAAUUGGAUGGGUGGACUGGAACUUGGCGUUGAACACACAAGGAGGACCCAACUGGAUUAACAAUAACGUGGACGCGCCCAUUAUCGUCGUUCCAGAGACAGACGAAUUCUACAAGCAGCCUAUGUACUACGCUCUUAAACACUUGAGUAGAUUCGUGGAAAGAAACUCCGUUAGGGUCUCUGUUACCAGUACGAGCACAGUUCCAGCUACGGCCUUCGUAACGCCGUCGCAGGAAGUCGUCGUUGUGUUGUACAACAACCUCGACCAACCGACGAGUGUUACCUUAAGGGAUUCGAAUAAGGAGGACAUUUGCUUGGAAUUGCCUGCGUAUUCUAUAAACACCGUGAUCUACGCGCUAUAAAACUUGGAAUUAUUAACGCGAGUCAUGGUAACAAAUUGCGUUUCUAUCUAUCUUUAAUACC